UCACUUACGUCAGUCCCAUGAUGGCUGAAGAUCCUGGAGGAACAUUUUUCAAUUUCUCUACCACCUUUUUCUUUUUCUCUUUACCUCUGCUUGUCAUAGAGACAUGGCAGGAUACACAGCCUCGAUAAGCGGCCACAGACCCUUAUUACCGUCAUGCCCAAGAAAGGGAACCGAAAACGGCUGAAAUUUCGGGCCGGGGACGUCUGCUCGGAGUCAGGUACUGUAGUUAGCUAGCUUGCUAAAGCUAACUUGUUGACCGGACCGGCUAACAGGCCGCCGUACGUUAUCAGUGCAGUGGUGCGCAGAGUGGGUGGGUCCUCGAGGACGAAAGUCAAACCACCCUAUUACCAUCAUUAAUAGUAAAUCAAUUGCUUGUGAAUAUUCAGGAGGAUUGCAAUGUUAGCCAUAAAAAUAGGACGUUCAGAUAUAAAUAUUUAGGCCUAUUUUUGGUGGAUGUCAGUCAGACAUACCCACCAGUUGAGCGUAAAAAAGUUGGUCUUCAAAUUAAAUGCUAGGUUGGGCGUAGCUACGUCCGAUUUUGGGAUCAGAAUUUACACCUGUUGCACCAACCAAAAAUAAAACUAGUCGUAGCUAAAUCCGGUGUAAGCAAUGCGCGUUCAUGACAAUUUUAUGUUUUAUAAUAAUGGUUACUAGGCAGUGCUCCAAUGCGUGCACGUUUUCUUAACCAUAACUGGAUGGAUCAAUCAAUAAUUACUGUUGGAAUGAAUAUCACUGAAUGACUAAAAUAUUGGAAUAAAGUAGGCGAAUGCCAUUGAAGGCAUUUCUCAUAUUGUUCCUUACUGAAGCUCCCAAAGUCAUCCAACCGUUUUAAAUACUUUAAAUCAAUAGCCGUGUGUGGUGAACUAUAAUUUCAGCACUUUAUGAUUGGGACAGCGUUAUCGCGCUGGAUUGAGACAAAUGUGGGUAAAUCAUUCAAUGUCAGAUUUUUGUUUUCACGUAAUCUCCGUUUGGAUAUUUGAUUGCAAUUAGGCUGGGAAAAUGUUAGCCAAAUUGAGGUGAGUGUUCAUGAUGAUUAUCGUAAGUCUAGUUUUCUCGUCUAACAGUGUUAUUAUAACAUUUUGCUAACAUGUUAGCCUACUCUAGCAUAGUAUAAAAGGCGGAUUAUUUUGCUCUUCACUCGUAAAAGCCCUUGACUUGUCUGAUAAUCAAUCAAUGUGAUUUUGUUUCACUGAAUCUCGGUCUGUAUAUUUGGUUAUUUGAUCUCUGUCUGGGCAAAUAAUAGCGGACUAAACUCAAAUUCCAUGGUGAAGGAAGUCCGCUAGGCAAAUAAAUGGAGGUGGCAGCUCAUCUAUUAGUUUGCUAAAAUCUGAUGAGACACAUUUAGAAAAGCCUUGGAGGUUGUGAAAUAUGAACACGAGACUCACAUCCUUUUGAAAAUAUAGAUUGCUAUUAUUUUCUGUGCAUAUCAUGAAAGAAGAUCGUCCCAAUUGCACCGUACUCCUGCGCCCUACUAGGCGUAGUUCAUAGAAGGGCUUACGCCCAGGGGGUGCAACAGGUAUAAUUUUUAGGUCUGGCAUAGAGCACAUUUUAUGUCGGACGUAGAGUUACAAACAACUGGUGCAACCAGCCCCACUACUAGGGCACAUCUCAGUAGUGUAGCUAGACUUAUUCUCCUCCUUGUCUUUCUUCCUCUGCAGUGUCCUGAAAAAGGUGCAAGUCUUUGUUCCAGCCGGUUUGAGGGCAUUAAAUCUGUGAUGCAUUGUGGGUAAAGUAGUUAAUUAUGAUGUAAAGUGUUUUGUUGAUCAGUCAGUAGGCAGUCGCCUACAAUGUCAAACAAGCCCAAAGCCAAAAGUGUCUGACAAUGCUUUCACCUAACCAGGGCUUUCAGGUCAGUGCAGAAAAAGGAAAAGAGAUGAGGGGAGCAAGAAGUUGUAAAUUAGGACUAUUGAGAUGCUCCUCAUGCCACUCUUUGCUAUUGUGAGUGAUUGGUAAAACGUAUCUUCUCCCCUCUCUUGCAGUGACGGUUGCUGAUUUCGCCAAUGCCGACCCAGCCGUUGUGAAGUCAGGGAGGGUAAAAAAGGCUGUUGCCAAUGCAAUUGAGAAAGAAGGUAAGAGCAUCAUUCAAAAAGUUCAGAUUUGUUCUACGAACAGUAUUGCACUUACUAACUUCCCACUGUUUGUCCUGCAGUGAAGUUGUUGUGUGGACUUGAGGGGUCGCAGGGUUCCGUACAGGAGGUGUUCUCGUCAGCAUCCACCCUCACCGGAGACACCCUAGAGAGUAGCGACGACCUCGACCCCGGGGAAGAUGGAGAGAACGAGGCCAAACAGGCCCGCAAGAAGAAAAACAAGAGGAGGAAAGGUACACUUCACCGCCGCCUCUAGUCAUGCAUUGGAAGAGAGUUGAGGGCUGCGUUUCAUUCCAGAGGGUUGCUCCCUUUCCCCUGUACUCGUUCAUGCUCCUUCACAGAUGUUAUACAGUGCAACUGGGUAGGUAUUAGCAAUAGGCUGUAAACUAGGCCAUCUUUGCUUUCACCUAUCCAGUCGUCUCAGAUCCGUAAGGGGAAGUGAACAGGGACAGAUAGGAGUGAACAACAAUAAUAAUAUAAUAAUAAUAAUAACAACUUUCCUGAAUAUAACAGCCCAUCGUUUGAUUGACUGUAUCUGUUUUUCCAGAGUGUAGUGAGUGCAGUGAUGGGGAGGACUACACAGUGGAUAUCUGGCUGGUGCUGGCUUCCUAUAUCCGUCCAGAGGAUGUGUGUACAUUUGCUCUGAUCUGCAGAAACGCCUGGACCGUCACCUGCACUGCUGCCUUCUGGACCAGACUAUAUAGGAGGUAGGGUUAGACCCUCUCAUUCCCACAACCUAUAUUCUAGGUGGGCUCUUGAAAGUUGGCACCUGAAGGAGAGGUACCCUAGUUUUCUUAUUUACAUAUGUUGUUUCCCGGCCUCUCCCCCUCUCUCUCAAUUUCACCUCCCUUCCUCCUCCUCUCUCUCUCUCUCACUCCCCCAUAGACACUACAGUGUGGAUGCUCACCUGCCAUUCCGUUUGCAGCCAGACUCAAUAGCCAGGAAACGUUGUCUACGGGCUCGCGUGAUUCGCUCCCUCUUCCACCUGUAUGAGCCAUUCAGCUCACGUGUCUCCCUGAACCCUGCCCUCCCAGAGUCCACGCCCACCAUGCUACUCAACUCCAAGGUAAAGAACCAAAAUGGCGCCAAGCGGGGAAACAGGCUAGUGAUUGUGCCAAAGAACUGUAUGGUUUGAGGUUCUGGUCUUCUUAUUUGGAUCACUUGAUCUGUGCUAUAACUCACUAAUCCUGGUCCAUCAAAUUCUGGCAUUAAUGUCCACUUGACACUUGGGCAAUCCAAUGCUAAGAAAUGUUUUACCCAUUUUCUCCUCUGCAGUGUCUGCUGUUCUGGGUCAGUAAGGUUGUGGGCACUCGACCUGAUCCCAUGUGGGAGUUCAACUUCAAGUUUGUGAAGCCGGUAUGUAUUCAUGCCGAACUGUCUGAAGGACACUAGUGAAGCAUGUUUACUUUGAAUUUAAAGUAAAACAUUUAAUUGUAAUCAGGGGUACCGUAGUUUAUAUAAGUUUGUCUCUCUCUCCGCUAGGUGGUGAGGUGUAAGGGUGGCAGUGCCACCCGGGGUCUGCUGUUGCCCCGUCAGUAUGAGGAGGUCCAUGCUAACCCAGAUUCAGGCUGCUACCUGCUGCAGGUCACCACCCUGAACUUCAUCUUCACCUCUGUCGUCAUGGGGAUGACCCUCGCCCUGGUCUGUAUACUAGUCUUUCUGGCUUUCACACUGAAUUGACUCUUUGUUGUCUCCAUCCAUGAAGUUGCAUUGUUAAAGGCCCAGUGCAGUCAAAAUUCAGUUUUUCCUAUGUUUUGUAUCAUAUUGUACAACAGCUGAUGAAAUGAAGACUGUAAAAGGGUGAACAAAUGUGAUCAGUGUUAUUUCCUGAUAGUUGCUGGUUGAAAAUACAAUUUACACACCUAAUCAGCAGGUAUUGCAUGGGUGGAGUUUUGGCUUGCCUGGUGACAUCACCAGGCGGUAUAAGUUAAUAGACCUUGAGAAAUAGUUAUUUGCCAAAAGCGAUUUGUUUCUUUUUGACCAUUUGAAUUAAAAGCGACUACAGUCAGAUACUCUAUUGUUACCCAGAAAUUAUUUGAUAUUGAGAUAAAAGAACAGCUGCAUUGGGCCUUUUUUAAAUCACAUUAUGUGGUUGUAACUCGUAGAGUGGGCCUCUUUUAGGAUAGGGGAACCUGUGUCUCCGGUCUGUCUAACCCACUAUGUCUGUCUCUGUUCCCUUCCCAGUUCAACAUCAACGUGAGCACAGACAUGCGUCACCACCGAGUGCGCCUGGUUUUCCAGGACUCUCCCCCCCAGCGGGGGAGGAGUAGGGGGGAGCAGGGGGGGACACAGGUGGUGCUGGACCCUGUACACAGCGUGAGACUCAUGGACUGGUGGCAUCCACAGUACCCUUCCUCCCCCUAUAUCUAAAACCCACCUCUCCUCACGUGUAGAACCCUCUUAUUAUCCCACAUGCUCCACACAUUACACCCCUUUACUCUUAAAACCCUUAUUGUACCCAUCUGCCUGUACACCUAGAACGCCCAAUACCCCCUUACACCAAAAACCAUCCACAUUACCCUGUCUCCCUGGACAGCCAGAACCUUGCUUGAUCUCAACCUUCUACAGCCCUGACACCAAAAACCACCUACCUCCUCAGUACCCUAGCUCUCCAUAGACAAACCCUCAAUACCUUCCAAUCCCCCCACAUUGCCUAUCUUUGGAUCACCCUACACAUUUAUGUUGAAAAGAUGCAGAGACAAUGUCAUUUCUUUUAAUAUUUCCUCCUUUCUGAAACUGCUAAAUCUUAGUUUAAGGCCAUUUUUAAAUGGGAGACCUUUGAUUUUACAUUUUAAUUUGACUUUAAUUCUAGGGUCCAAAAUUAUGAUUUGCUGCUUGUGUAAUUGUAUUUUAUUUGAUACCUCUAAUCAUUGGUGCUUUUUAAACCCCUACUCCUGAUUCGUCCCCUGUGUAUCCUCCUCAGGAAGGAAGGGGAGAUCUGAAAGCUUGUAAUGGGAGCAGCAUUUUAUAUGCUGCUUAUGUCUGUGUUAGAAUGUUUCUGAUUGGGUUUAUGAACACAAGGCCAGUCUUCUAUGUAAACAAUGAUCAGUAGAAGCAUGCCAAUCAUGCUUAAUUUCUAACGAGGGGUGGCAUUUGAAGAAUCAACAUGUAAUACCCACAGGAGACUGUAUGGCAGCUCUGUUUCAGUUCUACUGUUCACUCAUCGUCCAAUCAAAAUGCAGUUAAGAACAUUUAGUGUUUGAUUUUAGUUUGAAUUUCGAAGUUCAUUAUCGUGUGUGUAGUGGAAAGCAAAGCUUUUUUUGAUGAUCAGACUUGAAAUUGCUUUAUUGUGAAUGAAUGUAUAGCUGGUUGACCUUGUGAGGGACAUAUGUAUGUUUGACUGUGAGAGCCAACCAUAAUAUCAGUCCCCAUGUAAAGCCUGUGGAUGCUGUCUGUAUGUGAUGUGAUUGUUUGGUCAACCUCCUGUACUGAAAUACAACUGGAAAGAACCCCCUCCAUAUAUAUAUAUUUUUGUAAGAUUUUGUUUUUACAGAUGUAAUUAGACAAUAGACAUCAACUUAACAUUUCCACAGACAUAGAUCCACAAAACUAGACAUGGCAUUGGCAAAGACUGAAUAUAACCUCCUACAUGCUGUGUUGUAUUUAUCAAUACAAAUGGUGUUUCCUACUAUCAUAAGUUUGGCAUAUGGUGAUACCUACUUAAAAUGUAGAUGUUUUCAAUUUGAAUAUGUAAAUGUGGAUAUACAGUACCUAGUCCUGUCAUGUGUUUCCUUGAUAAUAGUGUCCUCUUGUGGUAACAUGGAAAAUGUAAAAACUUUGAAGCACAUUGAGAAAGGUUGC